AUGUCCAACGUGAGCGUAGCCAAAGACCGCGAAUGGUUCACCACCUACACCCCCUUCAAAUCUACCGUCUGCAUCAGCGGUCAAAACCUCGCCGUCCGCGGCAUCGGUACCGUCAACCUCAACGUCAAACGCCACCCAGCGCGCACCGGCCGGCGAAAUCAGAGCAUCCUCCCUCUCAGAACAGUCCUACACGUGCCCGACGCGACCUGCAAUAUCCUCGCCAAGAUCCCAAACAUCGAUGGACAGUCGUGCUCCGUGUACAUCUUUCCAGCCCGGGGCGAAAGUAGGAGCUACUCAGUCAUGGACGGUGAAGAGGUAGAAGGCCACCACACGGGGCAGACGCAGCAAAAGGAACUGAUGAAAGGCUGCAUCAAAGACCACACGGGAAAAAUGGUUGCCUACUUUGAUCCAGACCACGUAUUGUUCACGCUGAAACUGAGCGGGCCGCCGAUCGGACCGAUAACACGGGAGUCGGUUCUUAAAGCGUGGCCCGAAAGUUUACCCUUCAGCAUCUUUGCGCAAUGGGCCGCUGAUGAACUGGACAAAUGGAGUCUGAAGCGGGAGAUGCAAAACUUGCUCGCGGAUAGAGAUGUGGAUAAAGACAGCGAAGAUGAUGCCAGCAGCGCGACGCUCGACACCGGCAAUGAUGAUGAGGCCGAUCCGAACUUUGUUUCGGGCAACGAUAACGGCAGCAGCAACAACAACAACAACACUGUCGAUCCUGGCUCUGGUAUGAGACGCAAGCAACACCCGGGCGACGGGCGAUAUACUCAGGAGGAGAAGCAAUUCCUCAAGAGAAACUGGAAAACGGAGUGGAAAUUCCUAACCUUAUACGGACUCGACAUGAAUGACGACAAGGCAAGGGACUUGGGAAGAGACAUUCUGAGAACCAUGAUGGAAAAGGACAAAGUUGAAAAAAUGAGCGCCAACAGGCGGGCGGGACGCGGGGCGAGACCCCGGAGACGCAGCAAGGUUAUCAAGCGCAGCGGACCAGGAAGAGCACAAAGAGCAAAUAACUUGAAGAGCGAGCCACAACAGAAUAGGUUUUUGACAGCGAGACUGGGCAAUUAUCGGGUUACACGGGCGCCACAACGCAGGCUGGGCAGCGGCAGAUUGACUGUUAUCAAGGAGGAAAGUCCGUGA